GCGUGUGCAAGUUCCUGAGCUCCCGCAGACUGAAGACCGCCUCUCCCUGCCUGCAGUUUGCCAGGCUGGGAAGGGUGCCUGUUCCUGCUAAUAAGCAAGACCUCUGGAAAGUAUUUUCCUCACAGCACCACAAGUGGGGAAGCUGAACCGUGUGAGUGGGGAGGGAAGGAGUGACGGUGGACCUCGCUAUGGAGAAAGCUCAGGGCAAGAUGCACCAGACUCCGGAGCAGUCGUUCCUGGCAAGUCUGAGUAACCCACAGGUGACAUUGCUGUCCGUGCAGAAGAGGUGCACCUUCAGGAGGAGCUCCGGGCUUGGGAGCUUGGCCAGAUCGGACUCUUCAGACGAGAAAGAUCCUCCCCAGCCAGAGGAAGAAUCAUCACCGGGUGCUUUAGCUAGAACCUCGGAAAGGAGGUCCCAGAUCUUAUCUAAACUUGCUUUGCCCACACGACCGUGGGGACAAUCAAUGAAGCAGAGCUUCGCCUUCGAUAACGUUGGCUAUGAAGGGGGCCUGGACAGCACCUGCUCAUCCUCAGCCACCACCGGUGUGGUUAGCAUCCUGGGCAUGACUUGUCAUUCUUGCGUCAAGUCCAUCGAGGACAGGAUCUCCAGUCUGAAAGGCAUUGUGAGCAUCAAGGUUUCUUUGGAGCAGGGCAGCGCCACUGUCAAAUAUGUGCCGUCAGUCUUGAACCUGCAGCAGAUUUGCCUUCAGAUCGAGGACAUGGGCUUUGAGGCCAGUGCUGUAGAAGGAAAGGCUGCCUCCUGGCCUUCCAGGUCUUCCCCAGCCCAGGAGGCAGUGGUCAAGCUCCGGGUAGAGGGCAUGACCUGUCAGUCCUGUGUCAGCUCCAUCGAAGGCAAGAUCCGGAAGCUGCAAGGGGUUGUGAGAGUCAAAGUCUCCCUAAGCAACCAAGAGGCAGUCAUUACAUAUCAGCCUUACCUCAUUCAACCCGAAGACCUCAGGGACCACAUCUGCGACAUGGGAUUCGAAGCUGCCAUCAAGAACAGAACAGCUCCCUUAAGGCUGGGACCAAUUGAUAUCAACAAGUUAGAAAGCACUAACCUAAAGAGAGCAGCAGUCCCUCCUAUCCAGAAAUCCAAUCAUUUGGAGACCCCGGGGCACAAGCAGAGCCACCUGGCCACCCUCCCACUAAGAAUAGACGGGAUGCACUGUAAAUCAUGUGUUUUGAAUAUCGAAGGAAAUAUAGGCCAACUUCCAGGGGUUCAAAAUAUUCAUGUGUCCUUGGAGAACAAAAGUGCCCAAGUACAGUAUGACCCUUCUUGUAUCACCCCCUUGUUCCUACAGACAGCCAUCGAGGCACUACCACCCGGGUACUUUAAAGUAUCCCUUCCCGAUGGCCUAGAGGAGAAGGAGAGUGGAUCUUCCAGUGUCCCCUCCCUUGGCUCCUCCCAGAGACAGCAGGAGCCGGGCCCAUGCAGGACUGCGGUACUCACCAUCGCUGGCAUUCCCCGUGCCACGUCUGUUCAGCCCAUGGAAGACAUGCUGUCCCAGAUGAAGGGUGUGCAGCAAAUAGACAUCUCUUUGGCAGAGGGGACUGGAGCAGUUCUUUACGAUCCCUCAAUAGUUAGCUCGGACGAACUCCGGACGGCUGUAGAAGACAUGGGCUUUGAGGUGUCAGUGAAUCCCGAAAACAUUACUACUAACCGUGUCAGCUCUGGGAAUUCUGUGCCACAAGCCGUGGGCGAUUCACCAGGGUCUGCGCAAAAUAUGGCUUCUGACACUAGAGGACUCCUCACACACCAAGGCCCUGGCUACUUGUCAGACAACCCACCAUCCCCUGGAGGAACAGCAUCACAGAAGUGCUUCGUACAGAUCAAAGGCAUGACCUGUGCGUCCUGUGUGUCUAACAUAGAAAGGAGUCUGCAGAGACAGGCCGGUAUUCUCUCCGUAUUGGUCGCCUUGAUGUCGGGAAAGGCAGAGGUCAAGUAUGACCCAGAGGUCAUCCAGUCUCCCAGGAUAGCUCAGCUCAUCGAGGACCUGGGCUUCGAAGCAGCAAUCAUGGAGGACAACACAGUCUCUGAAGGUGACAUCGAACUGAUUAUCACAGGGAUGACCUGCGCUUCCUGUGUUCACAACAUAGAAUCCAAGCUCACAAGGACAAAUGGCAUCACUUACGCCUCUGUGGCCCUCGCCACCAGCAAAGCCCAUGUGAAGUUUGACCCUGAAAUCAUUGGUCCACGUGACAUCAUCAAGGUCAUCGAGGAAAUCGGCUUUCAUGCUUCCCUGGCCCACAGAAACCCCAACGCUCAUCACUUGGACCACAAGACGGAAAUAAAACAGUGGAAGAAAUCUUUCCUGUGCAGCCUGGUGUUUGGCAUCCCUGUCAUGGGCUUGAUGAUCUACAUGCUAAUCCCCAGCAGUAAGCCCCACGAGACCAUGGUCCUGGACCACAACAUCAUUCCAGGACUGUCCGUUCUAAACCUCAUCUUCUUCAUCCUGUGUACCUUCGUCCAAUUCCUGGGUGGGUGGUACUUCUAUGUCCAAGCCUACAAAUCGCUGAGACACAAGUCAGCCAACAUGGAUGUGCUCAUCGUACUCGCCACAACCAUUGCCUAUGCCUACUCCCUGGUCAUCCUGGUGGUUGCCAUAGCUGAGAAGGCAGAGAAGAGCCCAGUGACCUUCUUUGACACUCCCCCCAUGCUCUUCGUCUUCAUCGCCCUGGGACGGUGGCUGGAGCACGUGGCAAAGAGCAAAACUUCAGAAGCCCUCGCAAAACUCAUGUCACUCCAAGCCACAGAAGCCACAGUUGUGACCCUGGGUGAGGACAACUUAAUCCUCAGAGAGGAGCAAGUGCCCAUGGAGCUGGUGCAGCGAGGUGACAUCAUCAAGGUUGUCCCUGGGGGCAAGUUCCCAGUGGACGGGAAAGUCCUAGAAGGGAACACCAUGGCAGAUGAGUCCCUCAUCACAGGAGAGGCCAUGCCUGUCACUAAGAAACCCGGGAGCAUAGUGAUUGCUGGCUCUAUAAAUGCUCAUGGCUCUGUGCUCAUUAAAGCUACCCAUGUGGGCAAUGACACUACUUUGGCUCAGAUUGUCAAGUUGGUGGAAGAGGCCCAGAUGUCAAAGGCUCCCAUUCAGCAGCUGGCUGACCGGUUCAGUGGAUAUUUCGUCCCAUUUAUCAUCAUCAUUUCAACCUUAACAUUGGUGGUGUGGAUCAUCAUCGGCUUUGUCGAUUUUGGUAUUGUUCAGAAGUACUUUCCUAGCCCUAGCAAGCAUAUCUCACAGACAGAGGUGAUCAUCCGCUUUGCCUUCCAGACAUCCAUCACCGUCCUGUGCAUCGCCUGCCCCUGCUCCCUCGGGCUGGCCACGCCCACAGCAGUUAUGGUGGGCACUGGGGUGGCUGCCCAGAACGGCGUCCUAAUCAAGGGGGGGAAGCCUCUGGAGAUGGCACACAAGAUAAAGACCGUUAUGUUUGACAAAACGGGCACCAUUACCCACGGGGUCCCCAGAGUCAUGCGGUUCCUGCUGCUUGUGGACAUGGCUACCCUAUCCCUCAGGAAGGUUCUGGCUGUGGUGGGCACCGCAGAGGCCAGCAGCGAGCACCCCUUAGGCGUGGCCGUCACUAAAUACUGCAAAGAGGAACUCGGGACGGAGACCCUGGGAUACAGCACGGACUUCCAGGCAGUGCCAGGGUGUGGAAUUAGCUGCAAAGUUAGCAAUGUGGAAAGUAUCCUGGCUCACAGAGGUCCAACCGCUCACCCGAUUGGGGUUGGCAGCCCUCCCAUAGGAGAAGGUACAGGUCCCCAGACUUUCUCUGUGCUGAUUGGAAACCGGGAAUGGAUGAGGCGCAAUGGUUUAACCAUCUCCAGUGACAUCAGUGACGCCAUGACAGAUCAUGAAAUGAAGGGACAGACGGCCAUCCUGGUGGCCAUUGAUGGUGUGCUGUGCGGGAUGAUCGCCAUUGCAGAUGCCGUUAAACCAGAGGCUGCCCUGGCUAUCUACACCCUGAAAAGCAUGGGCGUGGAUGUGGCUCUGAUCACAGGGGACAACCGGAAGACAGCCAGAGCCAUUGCCACUCAGGUUGGCAUCAACAAAGUCUUUGCUGAGGUACUGCCUUCUCACAAGGUGGCCAAGGUCCAGGAGCUUCAGAACAAAGGGAAAAAAGUCGCCAUGGUGGGAGACGGGGUGAACGACUCCCCAGCCUUGGCCCAGGCUGACGUGGGCAUUGCUAUUGGGACUGGGACAGAUGUUGCCAUUGAAGCAGCCGACGUGGUCCUUAUAAGAAAUGACUUACUGGAUGUGGUGGCCAGCAUUCAUCUCUCCAAGAGGACCGUCCGGAGGAUCCGGGUCAAUCUGGUGCUGGCGUUGAUUUAUAACAUGGUCGGGAUACCCAUUGCUGCAGGUGUCUUCAUGCCCAUUGGCAUCGUGCUGCAGCCAUGGAUGGGCUCAGCGGCCAUGGCCGCCUCCUCUGUGUCCGUGGUGCUCUCCUCUCUUCAGCUCAAGUGCUACAGAAAGCCCGACCUAGAGAGAUAUGAGGCACAGGCCCAUGGACGCAUGAAGCCUCUGAGUGCAUCCCAAGUCAGCGUGCACGUCGGCAUGGAUGACCGGCGGCGGGAUUCUCCCAGGGCCAUACCCUGGGACCAGGUCAGCUACGUGAGCCAAGUCUCUCUGUCCUCCCUGACGUCAGACAGAUUGUCUCGGCAUGGCGGUACGGCAGAGGACGGUGGAGACAAAUGGUCCCUGCUCCUGAGUGACAGGGACGAAGAGCAGUGCAUCUGAGUGUUCCCAGCAGCAGCCCUGGGCAGGCCGAGGUGCUCCUUCCAGACCGGCCUGCUCCUGCUCACUGUGGUCGAGCCAGUGCAGCCUCAAUGAGCUGAAGCGCAGCGAUGGGCGAAGCUUACGUGAGAGGCAAGCAUCCUGCUAGCCUCGCCAGCAGUGUGUGGUGCAUCUGCAGAGGCUGGGUGGGAUUGCCUGUCAGAAGCUGCUAGGCCGGGCAAAGGACACUGCUCUCCCUGGUUUUCCAUGAGGGCAAGGUCACACACCCUGCUUGGAUUUUAGUGCAGGAGAGGAAGCCAGCACUCCUCACAGAGGCCUGCCUACUGUGUUCGUAUCUACUACCUAUGAAAUGAGAAAUAGGCCCAUCAGGACCACAGGCCUAGCUGAGCCCCCUGGAGAGCUCCAUCCCGAGCUUCCCUAUACCAAGAGCUCCCACAAAGGCUGGAGCCAGGCAGCACCCAUGGGCUGUGUAAGCCUAAGACUACUUCAGACGCGUCUGUUGUUCUCUGCCUGCUUUAGUUGGCAUCCUUGGUACUGGCACUGCCUGCCCUCUAUUCUGAGGGUAGAGUUUGUGUCUUGGGUCCAAUGCUCUGGCUCCUUCAUAGCUGCCUGCCUAAAGGUGGCCCACUGGUUUGCAGCCCAACCCCAGAGCUACCUGGUCUCCCUCCUUACUCCGAGGAGAGAAUGCCAUCCUGCUUAGAGCCACACCUACAGACUCACACAUGCCACUCUCGAACAACUGGAGAGACGCCUCAGAACCUGACCAGAGUCCAUUUUCCCUGCUAUAACCUGUAGUGAGUGAAACACUGUCCUUUGGGAGGCAUAUGCAUAAGGGAACCCCCCUGUGACUUAGUAGGGUCCAGUGCAGUCUGUCACAAAUGCCUGGUGUGUGUGCCUGAAGGGAGUUGUCCCAACCGGAAGAGAGCGAAGUUCUCAAUAGCGAGCUGUCUGCUGCUGAGGGGCCAUCUAAACGAGGGACGUCCACAGCUCCCCAGUGAAAGUGCUUUUGUCAUCUGUAACUAUCCGUGACCAGGUGGCAUCCGAGGGCAGGGAUCACAUCAGAGGGCAGGGGUGGGCCAGCUUAACUGAGCAGCUGAGCCACCCGGAACAGACGGGCAGAAAUGGAUUACUCUCAUUUGUGACAUUAAAAAACCAACAAAACCCUCCUUUAUUGGAUGUCCUUACUGGCCGUGGCAGUGUUAGUCUUUUUUUUUUUUUUCUUGGAGCUGGGGACUGAACCCAGGGCCUUGCGCUUGCUAGGCAAGCGCUCUACCACUGAGCUAAAUCCCCAACCCCAGUGUUAGUCUUUUGUGGGUUACUCACCUUCCUUCCAACCCCUGCCCCAAAAGUAGCACCAUACUCUCAUCUAUGUUUGAAAACAAGGAAACAGGGUCCGAGGGCCUCGGUGCCUUCCCAGGAACUCACAGCCGAUAGGCGGUUCCGAGAGCUCCGCAGGCCCUUCUGUAAUUCCACUGCUGCCUUACUUAUCAGUUUGCUUGGUGAGCGUAAACUGGACGAGAGAGGGUCCUUGUCUCUGGACAAGCGAACAAGCCAGGAGGUGGAUUAGCAGCCUCAACUUAGAGUGCAGUGGGUCGCAAGGUUACAGCCCCUCACUUCCCAUGGCUGGCCUGGUUGUCAUUAGUGACCCCGCUUACUGAGCUUUAUCUUCUAACCUCCCCUCCCCCACUCCCCACCAGAACAGGGUUCUGUAGCACUCUCAGUAUUUUCACCCCCCCACGCCCUCUUCAGUGACCUCUGCCCCCCCUCUCCCCACGCCAUCUACUCUGUCUACAGCUCUGUUUUGGAAUAAGGUGAUCAUUUUCUAAAGAAUCUAAUUGUCUUGAUUUUUAAACCUUCUGAGAAUAUAAGCAUCAUGUUCAUAUGUAGACAUGAAAAUAUUUAUAUAAUUAUACAAAUAAAUAACUUUUUAGAUAUU